AUGGGGGAUGACCCAACUUUGACCCGAUCCCAGGAGUUGAUUAAAGAGUUCAACUAUGAUCAACAGGAAGAUGUGGAAGGCUGUGUUGCACGCUGGUCCGAUCAGUUAGAAAAAGACCUGCAUAUGGACUACCGUGAAAUUGACUACGAAAGUCGUGAAAAGAUCAAGACUAAGGAUAAACAGACUCUGUCUAGAUGGAUUGUGGUUGCAGUGGACCUUGUUCGUCGGCAGAGUAGUCAGAUGUAUCUCUUGAAGGAGAUCAUCGAGUGCUUCAAGACGGAAGCACUAGCAGACAAAGAAAAGGUGAUCAGACUGCAGGGCCAGCUGCUGAUGCAGAAGGACGAACAACUACAGUUGCUUAAGACGUCUGUUGAGGAGACAGUCCAAACAACGGUGGAGUCAGGGAUUCAGAACUAUAGUGCAGCUGUUCAACAGAACAGUGCAAGUGGUACGGUCUGCAACAGUAAAAUCCUGAAGAAGGUGAUGAAGAGUGUGGCUGCAGAGGAUGACAGGAGCAAGAACCUGAUCGUGUUUGGGCUGAAAGAAGAGGAGGAAGAACAGCUUCCAGCGCUAGUUACCGCAAUUCUGAUGAAAACAGGGAGACUGAGGGAGACGCACAAAGAUGUAUGGAUAUGUCCAGACAGAUCCAGCGAAGAACGAGCAACAAGGAAGCAUCUGGUCACUGACCUGAAGAAGAAGAGGGCGGAACAGACUCAUCUCGACCACUACAUCCGGUACGGGAAGUACAGAUUGGAUCUUUUGGGGAUCACCGAGACUCACAUGCCUGGAUCUGGCACCACUCUACUGGACAAUGGCAGUCUACUCAUCCAUUCCGGUAGAGUCGACGGGAUCAAGAGACAGGGAGUCGGUCUCAGUCUUUCAAAACGAAUCAGAAACUCCCUGAUAUCGUUCACUCCCACAUCGGAGUGGGUUUUAACUGCUAGGCUGCAUAGUAAGCAAAUCAGCAUCUCUGUUGUUGUGGCCUAUGCUCCAACUGAGGGUGCAGAGGAGAGUGAGAAAGAUAAGUUUUAUAGGACACUCACAGAUACAUUUGAUGGGCUACCUCGUCACGAUAUCAAGUUACUGCUCGGCGAUUUUAAUGCAAAAGUAACAUCAGGCAAAUAUGGAAGUGAAGCGGUCAUCGGUGGGGAAUCACUCCAUAGCUCAUCAAAUGACAACGGGACAAGACUUGUGGAUUUCUGUGCGACGAACCAGCUUGUCAUCGGGGGAACUCUCUUCGAGCACAAGAACAUUCACAAAGGAACAUGGCGGUCCCCCAACGGGCUCACCGUCAAUCAGAUAGAUCAUAUCUGCAUUGGAAAGCGGUUUCGUCAGUCACUUUUUGAUGUUAGGGUAUGUCGCGGGGCAGACAUCGGCUCCGAUCAUUAUCUGGUUCUAGGACUGCUGAAAAUCAAACUUCAGUCAGUGACUAAGAUCAACGCCAACAGGCCCAAUGUGCCUGCCAUUGAGCGCCUGAGGGAUAGUAAUACGGUUACAGAGUACAAUGUGGCUCUUCAAAACCGAUUUGCAAGUCUGGAUAGUGAGGUCGACCUCGAGGAUAUGUGGCGUAAUCUCAGUCAGACCGUCACUGAUGUCUCACUGGAGGUACUAGGCAAAAGACCCCGGAAGGCAAAGGAGCAACACCUGUCACGGAAGACCAAGGAUUUAUUGAUUCAGCGGGCACAGUUUAAGCGCAAAGACCCAAACUCGGACGCUAACAGGUCAGAGUAUUCUAAACUUAAUAAGUUAGUCAAGAAAAGCAGCAAGCUAGACGACAAUAACUGGGCAGUUAGAGUAGCUACUGAUCUUGAGGAAGCAGCGAGCAAAGGUCAGCAGCGUGAAGUAUGGGCAAAGAUCAAGAAGAUCUCUGGUAAGAACAAGAAGCCUCAAGCAUCUUGUGUCCGGGACAAGAACGGUAGGAAGAUCGCGGAUCCCCAACAGCAGAGGGAUAGGUGGAAGGAGCACUUUACUGAACUUCUGAACCCUCCAUUAUCAAGUGUUGACCUUGCCGACCUUGAUACAGUACCACCCCAACCCCACUUUAACUCUCUCUCUUGUUCGGAUGGACCACCCACCAGAGACGAGAUUAGUUAUUCCCUGACAAAGCUUAAGAACAACAAAAGCCCAGGAGUGGACGGGAUAACUAACGAGCAACUGAAGGUGCGAGUGCUCUAG